AUGGUUACCAACAAUCUUAAAACUAACAGAAUGCUCCCUAGGAGGGUCAAAGUUAAAAGUUCUAGACACGUUGAGCCUUAUUACGAUUUGAAAACAGAUGCUGGAUUCAUUUUACUCGUAACAAUAACUACCAUACUAAUUGCUGUAUGUAUAAUAGCCACAAUCAUUGAAAUAGAUUGCAUAAAAUUAAUACCAUAUAGAAAAAAAUCGAUGAGUUUCGAUCUAGAAAAAAUAAAUGAAUCAGACACUAUAAACAAGGAGAGAGACAGCAAAAGGACAAAAAGGAUUGACGAUAAAUUAGAGGAUGAUAUGGAUAUGGCUUACACUGAUGAUUCAUAUCCAGGGAAAUAUGUUACUGAUCCUAGAUUCACUAUGGAUUUGGUCGCAGAUAGGACAAUACAUAGUUGCAACAGAUGUGGCAAGUACAAAAAGCAGUGCAACUCACGCAACAGCCUACCAGUUGGCUCCAGAGCAGCAAAUCCGUUGGUUACAAACAAAAAGAAGAGUUUCAUGUGCCAGCUGUUAUUGUGUUUCUCAUUAAUAUAUUCUUGGAAGAGAAUAUUUAAUAAGAACACAUCUAACAAGGAUCUGUCUUUGACACAUGCUUUGAAAAUUGGAGCAACAUUUUGGGUUAUUUAUGUGCAUGUAGUUGUUUCCGUGGACCAGAUUUCAGGAACUUCAAGUGACACAUACUCAAACAACAAUGCAUAUAAUGUAUUAAUGACUGGAACUCUAGCUUUCGACACAUUGUUCUUUACAAGUGGCCUGUUUAGUUCCCAUCAUUUCUUUUAUUUGAAGAGUCGGUACAGCAUCGAGGAUCUCGUCAACUUUGGCGGUGCCUGCGGUCAGAUCCUGCAAUUCGUGUGUUUUGUAACCAACAGGAUUAUUAGGCUAUUGCCGUCUUAUGCGUACGUGCUACUGCUGUCGGCGGUGGUGGCUCGCGUGUACCGCAGCACGUCCGUCCUCACAUUGUCAGACAACGAUCACACUAACUGCGACCAUUACUGGUGGAGAAACAUACUUUACGCUUCCAAUAUGUACGACGAGGACGAACAAUGCCUCCAGAUUUCAUGGUACUUGUCAACGGAAACUCAGCUGCACGCCGUGGGCGCGCUGGCGUGUGCCGCGGGGGGGCUCGCGGGGGGGCACGCAGGGGGCCCGGGGGGAGCGGCGCGGGCCGUCGUGGCGGCCGCCGUGCUCAUGACGAUGUUGGCUGCCAGCGCUGCCGACUUCACUGCCGCAUACUUCGAUAGAGGAUUAUUGACGACGACUGCGUCGGCGUACACAGCCAUCAUAGUCCGUCCGUGGGCCCGAGUUGCGCCGUAUUUUAUGGGGGUCUUUGCUGGCUGGUUAACGCACGUUCUGAGCGGAAGACUCAAGGUUUCUACGGUAACUUCAUCGUUACUAUGGAUCAUGUCUCUAUCGUUGCUGGUGACGUCAUCAGCGCUGCCCUGGCUCUCGCAGUGGUGGGCGACCGCAGCGGUGCACGUGGCCUGGCCCAUGGCCUUACUGUGGCCUGUACUUGCAUGCGCCACUUUAUAUGCAGUGCCGUGUCGCGGCGUGCUGGGCGGUGCGUACGCGGCGGCAGUCGGCCGGCUGUGCCCGAGCGCGUUGGUCGUGCACGCCGUGACGGCCAGGCUCGUGCUGCUCGCCGCUGACUCGAGCGUCUGCUCGAACACUACUUGCGUUUGGACGUAUUUCACAGCAGUGAGCGUGUUGAGCAUGUGUGCUUCGCUGGUGGUGUCCUUGCUGGUGGAGAUGCCGUUCUGCAGUCUUCUGCGCCGCGUGUGCGACCGGGCGGCGAGGUGACACA